AUGGUAGAGAUGGAUGGAUUUGGUGGCGGGGAUGAUGUUGGAGGACUUCCUAACAAACUAGAUCUUCAUCAAUUAGAGGAUAUUCCCAAAGAAGGUGCAGUUUUUGAUGCAACGCAGUAUGCAUUUUUCGGUCAAAAUGCUCGCGUAGAAGAAGUUGAGUUGGGAGGGUUAGAGGAUGAUGACUGUUUGCCCGAGUCUAAUGAGGAGGAGUUCCUUCUUAAUAAUAGAGAAGAGGUUGAGGAUGUAAAAUCGCUUUCUGAUAUUGAUGAUCUCAGCACGGCUUUUUGGAAGUUGAACAAGGUUGAAAUUGGACCACAAAGCACAACAGUUAUUGGUGCACAGGGAUCAAGAGAAAAUUCUACGGCUGAAUGGACACGAAGGAAUGAUGAUCUCAACUGGUUUGACCAGAAUCCUUAUGAUAGUGAAGGUUCUCUGGAUGGAAUAAGACUGUCAUCGCAGCCUUAUUCUUCUCUUGCUCCUUUGCAAGAAUCUAAUUCCCUGUAUAGAACUUCUUCAUAUCCUGAGCAGCAAAGGCAGCAACAACCCUACCUUCAACUUGGCUCAAAUGAAUCAGUUCCUAAUUGGUUUGAUCAGUCUUUUCGUGAUUCUGAAACCCAGGAUGGCAAACGAUGGUCGUCACAGCCACAUUCCUCCAUUGCACACAUAGAAGAAUCGAAGUCCUUGUACAGUACAUCUUUAUAUCCCGACAGACAACAGGACCUUCAUUUUUCUAAUGAUUCUAUUUUGGCACCAAAUUCUUCUUUUACAUCUUAUCCUCCACCCAGUGGUAGAUCUCAGCAGGCUUCUCCAAGUCAUAAUACAGGCCCCAUAAAUAUUCCAUAUCAUGCUGUAGGAGCUCAGAUGGCUCUAUCUCCUCAAAAUCGUUCUCAUUUAUCGAAUUCUGCACUACAGUUGGGUGGAUUAAACCACGGGUCACCUUUUGGUGGAAACAUUCGCCAGUUUCCUAUGGGUUCCCCUCUUAAUCAGCGAAUACCGAAUCACUUGGUCAACCAGGCAGGGUUAUAUAAUGGAGUUCAUCCCAAUAUUUCUUCUGGUUUACCAAUGAUCAACAAAUAUGAUCAGAUGCUAGGGAUGAUGGAGCUGAGGGAUCAAAUGCCAAAACCUGCUCCAAUGGGUAGGCAGAAUCUCCGAUUUUCUCCUCAGGGUUUUGAUGCGAGUAACCACAAUAAAUUCAACAAUGGAUGGCCCCGAUUUAGGUCUAGGUAUAUGACGACUGAGGAACUUGAGAAUAUAUUUAGGUUGCAGCUUGCAGCAACACAUAGUAAUGAUCCAUAUGUAGAUGAUUAUUACAAUCAAGGUUGUCUUGCGAAAAAAUCUUCAGGUGCUAAAUUGAGGCGUCACUUUUCACCAGCUCAAAUAAGGGAAAUCCCUUUACGAGCUUCUGCUAAUGAGCCACAUGCUUUUCUUCAGGUUGAUGCUCUAGGGAGGGUUCCAUUCUCAUCAAUUCGCAGGCCCCGUCCUCUACUGGAAGUUGAUCCACCAAAUUCUUCACGUGCUGUUGGCCCCGACCAAAACAUAUCAGAAAAGCCUCUUGAACAGGAGCCAAUGUUGGCAGCAAGGGUCACAAUUGAAGAUGGUCUUUGUGUUCUUCUUGAUGUAGAUGAUAUUGACCGUUUCCUACAAUUUAAUAAGCAGCUUCAAGAUAACGGAGAUCAUUUAAAACGGAAAAGGAAGGGUCUUUUGGAAGGACUUUCAGCCUCACUUCAAUUAGUUGAUCCACUUGGAAAGAAUGGACAUGCAGUUGAACUUGCAGCAAAAGAUGACUUUGUUUUUCUCAGGAUAAUUUCUCUACCCAAAGGUCGAAAACUACUUGCUAGGUACCUCCAACUACUUUUUCCAGGUGGGGAGCUUAUGAGAAUAGUCUGCAUGACCAUCUUUCGUCAUUUAAGAUUCUUAUUUGGCGGUCUUCCCUCCGAUCCAGCUGCAGCAGAAACUGUAAUAAACCUUGCAAAUGUGGUUUCAAAAUGCAUCCGCGGAAUGGAUCUUGUAUCACUCAGUGUUUGCCUAGCUUCAGUUGUAUGUUCUUCUGAGCCUCCGCCUCUACGCCCCCUUGGAAGCCCUGCUGGGGAUGGAACUUCCGUUAUUUUAGUAUCUGUUCUCGAGAGAGCUACUGAGCUUUUAACCGAUCCUCAUGCUGCUAGCAACUAUAACAUUAGAAAUCGUUCACUUUGGCAGGCUUCAUUUGAUGAAUUCUUUGGUCUUCUCACCAAGUAUUGUGUCAAUAAGUAUGACAGCAUCAUGCAUUCAUUUCUCAGUCAAGGGACAUCAAAUGUGGCGGUCAUUGCGCCUGAUGUUGCUAGAGCUAUAAGUAGGGAAAUGCCCGUUGAGCUUUUGCGUGCAAGUCUACCUCACACUGAUGAUCGCCAGAAAAAAAUAUUACUUGAUUUUGCUCAGCGUUCUGUAGUUGGAUAUAAUAGUAAUUCUGGGGGUAAUGGUCAUCAUGUAAACUCAUAG